CUUUCGUUGCUUUCUCGCCCCGGAAGUGUUUGCUGGUCGUGCCCUGUAUGUAUGUCCUUCUGGCUGGUGUAUAUAUUGGCUAUUUAGUGUUCAUUUGUGUAAUCCUGGUAGUGUUGGGCAUACAAGGAGGAAGAAAUAUGGCAGAAGCACAGCAGCGGGUUGAAAAAGCCGUUGAUGAGAUGGUCAAGGAGCUGGAAAGGAACUAUAUCAGAAAAAUGCAGGCAAAGAUGUUCCACUGCAGUGCAGCUUGUUGUGAGGACAGCACUGCCUCCAUGCAGCACGUUCACACUUGCAUAGAGCGUUGCCAUGCACCACUUGCACAGGCACAGGCAGGGGUAACCAGUGAGUUGGAGCGAUUUCAGGAUCGAUUAACUCGCUGUACAAUGGACUGCAGUGACAAAGCCAAAGAUGCCUUUGAUUCUGGUACUAAGGAGCCAGUGGUGAAACAGUUACUCAGUUCCUGCGUUGUGAAGUGCGUGGAUGAUCACAUUAACCUAAUACCCAGCAUGACAAAAAAGAUUCAGGAAACAUUAACAGCUAUUGGAAAAUAGCACUUGUAGUUUCUGAACUAUACAAAAUCACAGACAUAGGCUUGCUGUUCUAGCUGGUAUUAAAAUGUUUUAUACACAAAAAAACAAACCUGAAGGAAAGCUGAUUAUCUUGUUAGUUUUGUCUGACACAGAUAACUUUACAAAGUUGUGCACAGAGGUUUUCAGAUCAUGUAGAAUUGGAUCAGGUCAUUUCCUCAGUUAUCUCUCAACAGAACACUAAACUGAGUUACUGAUAAUGAACAGUAAUGUUCUACAUGGAAUAAAACCAGUAAUACCUGAUAAA